GCCCCGCCCGGCCCUGUACCAGGAAGCGCUGGGGGGAGAGGAACGGAGUUGAGCCAGAAGCCAGGAUGUUGGUGCCUUCGCUGAAGGUUCAAGAUCUAAUCGAGGAGAUUCGUGGGGCCAAGACCCAGGCCCAGGAGCGAGAGGUGAUCCAAAAGGAGUGCGCCCACAUCCGGGCCUCCUUCCGCGAUGGGGACCCUCUGCACAGGCACCGCCAGCUGGCCAAACUGCUCUACGUCCACAUGUUGGGCUACCCCGCCCACUUUGGACAGAUGGAGUGCCUGAAACUGAUCGCCUCCCCCAGAUUCACAGACAAGAGGGUGGGCUACCUGGGGGCCAUGCUUCUGCUGGAUGAGCGGCAGGAUGCCCACCUGCUCAUUACCAACAGCAUCAAGAAUGACCUGAGCCAGGGGACUCAGGCAGUGCAAGGCCUGGCCUUGUGCACUCUGAGCACCAUGGGCUCUGCUGAGAUGUGCCGGGAUCUGGCCACUGAGGUGGAGAAACUGCUUUUGCAGCCCAGCCCCUAUGUGCGCAAGAAGGCUGUCCUGACUGCAGUGCACAUGAUCCGGAAGGUCCCUGAGCUCUCCACCGUCUUCCUCCCACCCUGUGCCCAACUGCUUCAUGAACGCCACCAUGGCAUCCUGCUGGGCACCAUCACACUGAUCAUGGAGCUCUGCGAACGAAGCCCUGCAGCCCUCAAGCACUUUCGAAAGGUGGUGCCCCAGCUGGUGCAGAUCCUCCGAACUCUGCUGACGACAGGAUACUCCACAGAACACAGCAUAUCUGGAGUCAGUGACCCCUUCCUGCAGGUCCAGAUACUUCGUCUGCUUCGGAUUCUGGGCCGGAACCACGAGGAGAGCAGUGAGACCAUGAAUGACUUGCUGGCCCAGGUGGCCACUAACACAGACACCAGCCGCAAUGCGGGCAACGCAGUCCUGUUUGAGACAGUGCUCACCAUCCUGGACAUCCGCUCUGCAGCUGGCCUGCGGGUUCUAGCUGUCAACAUUCUUGGCCGCUUUCUGCUCAACAGUGACAAGAACAUUAGGUACGUAGCCCUGACGUCAUUGCUGCGGCUGGUGCAGUCUGAUCACAGUGCUGUGCAGCGGCACCGGCCCACCGUGGUGGAAUGUCUGCAGGAACCUGACACCUCCCUCAGCAGGCGGGCCCUGGAGCUGAGCCUGGCUCUGGUGAACAGCUCCAACGUGCGAGCCAUGACACAGGAGCUGCAGGGCUUUCUGCAGUCUUGCCCCACUGAUCUGCGGGCCGACUGUGCCUCAGGCAUCCUGCUGGCUGCAGAGAGGUAUGCCCCAACCAAGCGGUGGCACAUAGACACCAUCCUGCGCGUGCUGACAACGGCAGGCGCCCAUGUGCGGGAUGACGCGGUGGCCAACCUGACCCAGCUGAUUGGAGGGGCCCAGGAGCUACACGCCUACUCUGUGCGCCGCCUCUACUGCGCCCUGGCAGAAGAUAUCUCCCAGCAACCGCUGGUGCAAGUGGCAGCCUGGUGCAUCGGGGAAUACGGGGACCUCCUGCUGGAAGGGAGCUGUGAGGAGAUCGAGCCCCUUCAGGUGGAGGAAGAGGAGGUGUUGGCACUGCUGGAGAGGGUGCUGCAGUCCCAUAUGUCCCUGCCGGCCACCCGAGGAUACGCCCUCACAGCCCUCAUGAAGCUCAGCACCCGGCUCCGUGGGGACAACAACCGAAUCCGCCAGGUGGUGUCCAUCUACGGGAGCUGCCUGGACGUGGAGCUGCAGCAGCGUGCUGUGGAGUAUGACACGCUCUUCCGGAAGUACGACCACAUGAGGGCUGCCAUCCUGGAAAAGAUGCCUCUUGUGGAGCGAGGUGGCCCUCAGGUUGAUGAGGAAGCAAAGGAAAGCAAAGAAGAAGCCCGGCUUUUGGAAGCAGCCCCUGUCCCCACAGAGCCCCAGGCCUCAAAGCUCUUGGAUCUGUUAGAUCUCCUGGAUGGCCCCUCUGAGGAUGCCCAGCAUCCACGCCCUCUGGACCCCUCCCCAGGAGGUGCCCUGGUACACCUCCUCGACCUUCCCUGUGCUCCUCCACCAGCCGCUCCCAUCCCAAAUCUCAAAGUGUUUGAGCGUGAAGGACUACAGCUGAGUCUGUCUUUCGUUCGACCCCCUGAAACCCCUGCUUUGCUCUUAAUCACUGUCACCGCUACCAACACCUCAGGGGGUGAUGUCACCCACUUCAUCUGCCAAGCUGCUGUGCCCAAGAGUUUCCAGCUGCAGCUACAGGCUCCCAGUGGGGACACAGUUCCAGCUCAGGGUGGCCUUCCGAUGACCCAGCUCCUCAGAAUCCUCAAUCCUAACAAGGCGCCCCUGCGGCUAAAGCUGCGCCUCACCUACACCCACUUUGGCCAGUCAGUGCAGGAGAUCUUCGAGGUGAACAACUUGCCUGUGGAGACGUGGCAGUAACUGAGCCUCCACUCGCAGCCUGAAAUCCUCCUGUGUCCCAAACCCGGAGGCCCCCAGCGUCGUGGAGCCUACACCCGUGGGCCGCCAGCAGGUGGUGCUCUGGUCCUGUGCUUGCCAUACCUGCCCCUUCCCUCACCAAUAAGGAAAGCCCAAUAAAGUCUGAGGGGAGAAAGCCA